AUUGCUGCAUCUUAUGAUGGUAAAAUAUUUGAUGAGUAUGUUGACCCCUGUCAGCCAAUACAUCCAGCAGCAUCCAAUGUAACUGGGUUGACAUAUACAUGUGGUAAACUGUUUCAUAACUUUAAUUUAGUACCAACAUUAUCACAGAAAGAUGCUCUUGAGAGUUUUAUAGAAUGGAUUCCAUUAAAUUCUGUGUUAGUUGCACAUAACUGUAAGAAUUUUGAUGCUAGGAUUCUGGUUAGUUCUGUGCAAAGAUAUGGUCUUUUAGACAAACUGAAACAUAAACAUUGCUGCUUUUCUGAUACGCUCUCUGUAUUUCGUGAAAUUUUACCACCUCGAUCAUCUUACUCUGAAGAAAACCUGGUUAAUGAUUAUUUACACACUGAAUACAGUGCUCACAAUGCAAAACAUGAUGUACAUAUGCUUCAACAAUUGAUUGGUAAAUGUAAUGUUGACAUCAGCCAUAUUAGUAAACAUAGCUUCUCUGUUGAUUUUAUUAUAGAAGCUCUUGAAUUUCUAUUGUGUAAAAAGAAAAAUCUGUCUUCUCUUAGUCAACUAAUAAGUAAGAAGGUAAUUACAAAGUGUAUGGCUGAGAAAAUAGCUGCUUCUGGUCUGGCUUUUUGUCACUUGAACUUGGCUUAUAGCAGAGGAGGGAUAGAUGGAUUGGUGAAGUUGCUUAGUGAAGAUUAUUUUGGUCAUCCACGGGUAACCAAACAUAAAAAAACAUUCUUGUCACUAUCGCAGUUUUUUGAAAAGAAGUAA